UCCGGGUGCGGUAGAGUAGGAGUGAGGAAAAAAAACACUGUUCACGGAUCUUAAGAUAAGAUUAAUAAAUGACAGUACGAUACGCAGUGAACGGCUAUUUAGCUAAACGUCUAAACUCAGCCAUACUCAUGUCUGGUCUGAGGUCCACACGCCUGCUCCACGGUGGUUUCUGAUCUGAGGAGGUGGUUUUCAGGUCCGUAGGUUAGCUAGCUGGCUAGCCUAGCUGCUUAGCGAGACGCGUGGAAGUCCGGCUUUGGCAGGCUGAGGUGAAGAAAACGACACGUAUGUUCAUCACCUAGUCAACGAUGAAUGGACUGUCAGUCAGUGAGCUGUGUUGCCUCUUCUGUUGCCCCCCUUGCCCGAGCCGCAUAGCUGCCAAGCUCGCGUUCCUGCCCCCUGAGCCUACCUAUGCCCUCCUGCCGGACCUCGAAUCCGCCACGGUGCCCACUGGCUCCACCACAGGCUCCAGUCUCCGCUCCAGGGGUGGAGGUGGGACAGGUGGAGGUGGAGGAGCUGUGUCAGCGGAGGGCCGAUGGAAACUUCACCUGAUGGAGCGGGCGGAGUUCCAGUACUCGCAGCGAGAGCUGGACGUCACCGAAGUGUUCUUGACACGGACGAGCCGCGGGAACAGAGUGGGCUGCAUGUAUAUCCGCUGCUCCCCCACCGCAAGGUUCACCGUGCUCUUUUCUCACGGUAACGCUGUGGAUCUGGGCCAGAUGAGCAGCUUCUACAUCGGCCUGGGGACUCGCAUCAACUGCAAUAUCUUCUCCUACGACUACUCGGGUUACGGCGUAAGCUCGGGCAAACCGUCCGAGAAGAACCUGUACGCAGACAUUGAUGCAGCGUGGCAUGCCCUGCGCACACGGUAUGGCAUCAGCCCUGAGAACAUAAUCCUGUAUGGGCAGAGCAUUGGCACGGUGCCCACAGUGGACCUGGCAUCGCGGUAUGAGUGCGCUGCUGUGGUCCUCCACUCACCCCUCACCUCGGGCAUGAGGGUGGCCUUCCCUGACACCAAGAAGACCUACUGCUUCGACGCCUUCCCCAACAUUGAGAAAGUGUCUAAGAUCACGUCUCCGGUGCUGAUCAUCCACGGUACAGAGGACGAGGUGAUCGACUUCUCGCACGGCUUGGCGCUGUACGAGCGCUGCCCCAAGGCGGUGGAGCCGCUGUGGGUGGAGGGGGCGGGCCACAACGACAUCGAACUGUACAGCCAGUACCUUGAGCGCCUGCGCAGGUUCAUUGGCCAGGAACUGGCCAACCAGCACACCUGAGAACUCGACUGAGACCGCACCUCCGCACAGAUCUCCCCCCUCAUCUCUCUCUCUCUCUGAUCUCCAUCUCUCUCCCCAUCACUCAGUCCUUCACACUGUCUCUCUCUCUCUGUUUUCUUCUCUGUCUCUCAGGCCCACUGCUCCAGUGAGGGGGGGUGGGGGGCAGUGGAUUCAUCCUCCUCUUUCUGAGCAGACAUUGUUUCAUGUUUGGAACUUCGUGCAGUGGAGGUUUAUCUCUUAUGGUCUUUUUCCUCCGUGUGUGUGUGUGUGUGUGUGUGUGUGUGUGUGUGUGUGUGUGCUUUCUGUUCACUGCUUCUCCUGUGAGGGGCAACACAGAGAACCCAGCCAGUUUUGACACUUGACCUCCGUGCUGGUAAACGAACUCUAGGAGGGACCAGUUAGCCUUGUGCUAACUGAGCUGUGCUACCUUUCAUACAUUAUUAAGCACAUGGUCAUUUUGAGGAAAGUGAGAAGAAGUGAGGUUUGUGCCGUGGGGUGGAGGGGGAGGAGUCAGUGUGGUGUGUGAGGUCGCAGCCAGCCCGUCCUGCCUUCCUUUCACCUGUGGCUUAGCUGACCCUCAUGGGCACGAGGGUUGACUAGUGAUCCUGACAGGAGUGACCUGAAGGGUCUAAGACCAUCGCACCUGCCCAUUUUGUCACCUUAUCCACGGGCAGGUUUACUUUCCUGUUGUUUUGUCCUUUUUUGUUUGUUUUGGGGUCUUUUUUUUUUUUUGUCAAUAUGUGAGAGAUAAAUACUAGUCCUCACAAGGGUAAAAGAAGAACUGUGUAUUUAAGUGUAAAAAAGACAAUUAUUAGAUCCUAGAAGGGGUGUGUGUGCGCAUGCAUGUAUGUGUGUGUGUGUGUGUGUUCGCGCGCGCAUGUGUGUGGUUCUCUCUGGGUCCUGGCCUCUGUCCUAUGUGGUCUCUUUGUGGCAAAGCUGCAGUAACUGUGAGUGAUGGGGCGUGUGAAAUUGAGCCCUGCUACCCUCAGGCACGGCUAAGUUGUAGCGUCUCUGGCUAUUGUGAGAGCGUCAUACUCAUCUCAGGCUACCGUGUCAGCCCGGCCAGUAGCUCCGUACGGACCAGUGCUCCCAUUCUCCCAUCACUGCCCUGAGGCAGUGUUGACUCUUUCAUUUCCCAUGAACCCUUUCCCACCUGCAGCUCCAGUAUGCAAAGUUCGCUCACCUCCCGAGCGCUCUCAUCCUGUCUGAACAAAGGUGGGAUUAUGAAGAUAAGGGCAUAGAAGCAGGUCUGAACCCCUACUGCUGUGCUCAGUGAUGCUCAAAUCUUUCUUCUUAUCUGAUCUAGUCCUCAAUCCUUGUGCUCUAAAACGGUGGUGUUGUGGAAUGGGGGGGGAGUCAUGGGAGCAGCAUCAGUAAAGGUGAGUCGUUUGUCUCCUGGACAAACACCUUCCUGUUUCUUUAGGUUGCACAGGCAGGUCUCCAGGUCGGCUUUGUUUACCUUUCAGAUUCGAGUCAAAAUUCACAAUUUCUGUCCUUUGUGUUUUACUCAUUAUUAAUCGUCUUGUGUAGAUACUGAGAUCGAGAAAUAUCACAGCACGCCAUUGUAAAAUAAGAUCUUCAUCCGUUGGCUCUCUCGUACCAAAUGGUGACAUGAAUUAGCUGACCAAUGACAUGUGCACAAACCAGACUGACAUUCUGCGAUCCUUAAUUCGUCACCCUGUCACAUACUUAGAAGCUUAUGAAACCUUAUGUUUAGUUAUGAGUGUUACUAAAAGGGGCUUAAAUCCUCAUAUGUGAAGAGAUUUAGUUUUUUUCCUGCCGUGGCUGAGGUGAUGCCUGGUUACGGCCGUUUUUAAUGAGUAGACGUACAUGGAGAUGAGCUGAGAGAACUGAAGCUCUCCUGCUGCAGUAAUAGCCCUGGAGUGCAAAUCUGGGUCAGUCUGUUUUACACCCAGCUCAGGGAGCAGGGGAGGGACUCGGGUGCGCUAGCAGCUAAUGAUGACCACCUAACCUUGGUUGAGCUCCACACCCGGCCCGGCCCGCUCGGACCUAGGACGGUGUCUGUGUCUGACGGCAGACCCCCAUUGGAGCAUUAUGGAACUGGAGCAUUCGUGAACUGACAGUAAUGGAGACGAUGCCAAUGUGUUUUCCAAGUGGCUUUUUUGUGUGCUGAGGAGAACAUCAUCCAUUCCUAAACUCAUUGAAGCCUAAUUCAGCUUUUUAGCCACUUUUUAACACCGUCCCUUCACUAACAUUUUUAAGAUUACAUUUACUCUCUCUGUGUGAUCACAGUUCAGCAGUGAAUUGCAUGUGAAAAGGAGUUUGAUCAAAAAUUCUGACAUACCAGGAAAACGAGGGGUGGGCUGCUAACCACUGGUUAGUGAUUAGCCAUCACAUCGAUAUUAGUGACGCUGGUCUUUUAGGUUGAGUCUGUUUAAUUAUACAGGAUCCAUGGCUCUGCAUAUCCGGGUCAUUUCGAAGGUGAUGUAUUGGCCAUGUGUUAGCGCAGUGUUUUGGCAUGGAAGCCUCACUCAUACAGAGCCAGCCACUAAAUGAAGCUCACAGUUGUUUUCUCUUUCUGUCUGUGUGUGUGUAAAGGGGAGGAAUAGGACACAAGUUUGGAAAACAUGAGCAAUAUCGCAAAGGCCUUGGGAUUGCAGGAAGGCUGUGUGUGUGGGAGCAGGAAGAACUGGGGCUGUUUCGAAGCUUUAGACCAACAUUCAGAACUUUUGGAAUUCCUUCCUUGUUUAAAGAAACUUAAGUUAUACAAAUGUCUUUUCUAAGUGCUCAGAUGGAUGUACUGUACACAUUUACCAACGUGGACAUGGACUCUGCUCGCGGUUUACAUUUGGUUUGGUUUUCCUCCUUGGCGAUGGGACUAUGGGGCUUUUUAGGUGGCGUGUCACUGUUGUGUCCACUUAUUGAAUUGUUUAUUAUAAAAUUGUUGUUUUUAGUUUUAAGAAAUGUCUUUUUUUUUCCUUUUCCAGAAUUGAUUAAAAGAAAUAUUAUCUUAGAAAAUAAAUUCAUGAAUUGAUAAUAGUUGUAAAUCAUUAUUGUGAUGCAAUUAAUAAUAAUAUUUCUAAUCCUGUUUGAAGUGCUCUUGUUUCUCCGUGCGCAACAGUACCAUUUGGUUUAAUCCUUUUUGCAGACGUUCUUGUUUGCCUUGAGAUCCAGCAGUCUUUCUUCUUCCAAAAAAAAGGUUCCAACUAACAUGUUGGGAAAGGGUGUCUGUGCGUCCACAUUUGUUUGUUUGCCGGUGUCAGUUUUCCUCCAGUCUGGAGUGUCCGGAGAGCCCGUCUCUGGAGAGGAUACGUCGUCAUCUCAAAUGCUAAGAUUUAUUUUGGUGAUGUGAACAGGCUGACAGCAGUUCUCGCUAAUAAAUGACAAUGUCUGGACAUCA